AUGGGGUGUAAGACACUGGAGAAGCCAAAUCAGAAGCACAGGAAAGGCUUAUGGUCACCGGAUGAAGACUUAAGGCUUAGAAGUUACAUUUUCAAGCAUGGCCAUGGCUGCUGGAGCACUGUAGCCAUCAAUGCCGGUUUGAAAAGAAAUGGAAAGAGUUGCAGACUCAGGUGGAUUAAUUAUCUGAGGCCAGGAUUAAAGAGAGGAAUGUUUACCAUACAAGAAGAGGAGACCAUCCUGACCCUGCAUGCCAUGUUAGGCAACAAGUGGUCUCAGAUAGCACAGCAUUUGCCCGGAAGAACUGAUAACGAAAUCAAGAACUAUUGGCAUUCUUAUUUGAAGAAAAAAGUAUCAAAAGCUGAAGAAACUGAAGCCCAGAAUACAUCUACACACACAAGUUCAAUCAUGGAAAAUGUGGACUGCUCACUUUUUUCCCCAAAAUCGACAAACAGGAAUCCAAGUAUGGACUCGUUUCAACAUAUGGGGGGAUCAUCGACAGAUACAGAUCAAUGUGUACCACAGGAAUUCAAUUUUCCAAAAGAGACCCGCCAGAGCAAUUUACCAAGGCUACUAUUUGCUGAGUGGUUGUCACUGGAUGAAUUUCAAGGCCAGGGCUUCAAGAAUGCAAGCAAUCAAGUAGUUUCAAAGGAUAAUCUGAUCCUUAAUUCACAUUUCCAAAAUGGAUUUAUGCAUGGUAAAUUGCAAAAUGAAGGAACUUUUUGUGGAGAAAUUCACCAAGGGCUAAGCAGUGGUUCAGUUGAUGAUAUAUUUCAUCCACAAAUGAAGUUUGAGGAUCAGAUCUCAGAGAGUGGUUUAUUUGAUUUUAUCUCCGAGGAUUUCCACAUGAACAAUGAUGCAAUGUAUUUAUGAGAGGUGCCUUUGAAGCAACUUCAGGAAAGAAUAACUUCUAAUUACACUAGCACACUACAUGGACUAAUAAAACAGGUCAUUGAGAAUCAUCUGUUGUAGGCCACCUCUUUUUCUUUGCAAGGAGGAAUGCAUUAGAAAUAAACCAUCAGAAAUCAAAGAGGUUCAAUUAGUAAUUAUUGUUCCCAUGAAGUUGCUUUCAAGGACUCCCUUUGUGUAAAUCAUUUGAAAGUCAACUGUAUGAUCUCUGUAAUGAUUUGUGACAUUUUAAUAAGUAG